GGAACACUUCGAAAUCUCGGAAUUCCCAUUCGUUGUCUUCACAACGAAAAUACCCUGAAUACUUGUACUUGUCGCAUGUAAACAACCCUGUCUGGAGAGUACUUUCAUGUCAUCUCCAGCUGGGUUACAGGCUCAGCAGUGCCAAACAAACUUCCUCGCCCGAUGGAUGCCAAGCAUCUCUCGUGCCGUGGUUAUCCUGAACCACUCCCUAGACCUGGCUGAGUCUCUUCGAUAUAGCUCUGUCUGGGGAUCCCGGGACGUGGACGAUUCCUUCGCUAAUCUAUUCCUUUGCCUCAGUGUAAAUUCCCUCGUCCAUGAUGCUGAGUCUGGGACAGAAUUGAACAAACAGAACCAGCGACCUGGGGAUAGGCCUUUGUCUGAAAGACAGUUUGCUGGACUGCAGGCAGCGGCGUCUCAAGGGUUGACGUUACAUGGAGAGAUGGAGAAGUUGGUAAAGCAGUCUCAGGACCUACCCCUGAUACUCAAACUUGAACAGCUGAGGCAGUGGCAGCAGCACAUGCAGGAGCAACUGAAAGCCCACCAGCUGGAGGAGCUGGUCCAUCUCCAGGAGGAGCAACAGAGGCUACUGGGCAUGGUGCAUGUGGCUCAACAGGAUGGAGCAGAUUACAUAGAGACCUCCAGGUUGACGGGAGCAGACUGGAGAGAGGGCACUCUAUUGGGGGACGCCCCCCUCUCUCAAAGUUCCCCAACAGCCCAGAGCUUCCCUAUAGGCCCCCCACAAGGGCCUGCGUCUUCCCAGCUUUGGAGACAGGGGCCUACCUUCCAACAGCCUCCAAGGGGCCAGGAGCAGGAGGGAGAGGAUCAGGACCAAACACUGGUUUGGAAAAGUGCUUACUGGGGGGGGAAAUGUACUUACCAUGACUGUGAUAUGUGGUUGUCUCACCUAGAUACCUUAAGAGGGAGGCACUAACUGUUAAUAGCUCUGGAUAAGAGCGUCUGCUAAAUGACUAAAAUGUCAAUGUAAAAUGUGCCAAGGUGCUUAAAAGCAUUUAAAAGUGCUUUUUACAUGAGCAUUGACUCAAACUCUGUAACUCAAACAGGGACAGAAGCAUGGAGCAGUCCACACAAACAUCAGCUGAGUGGGAAUGCUGAUCAUAUGGGUGAUAAUGAGGAGAUGGAAGAAGUCAUGUUAUCCCCCCAUUCUGCUCCCUCUAUGACUGAAGAAUGCAAAGCAUACAGAGGAGAUGACAGUGAACUAGACUCACAGGACAGACCCAUUAAACAAGGAAUAGAGGGGCAGAAGCAGACGUUUGAGGAGCUCCUGGAGGAAGAGCUGAGACUGGAGGAGCAGAGACUGAAGACCACCCAGCAGCAGCAGAGCCCAGAGGCAGUUGAGGGUGCCAUUCCCAAAAGGGUCUUCCUGAGGCGAGGGGAGGGCCUCUCCAGAUUCACCAAUAGAAGCAAAGCCCCAUUACCCAACAGACAGAGACCCCAAAAAGAUCCCAAACCCCAGGGGACCUCAGAACCCAAGCCCACCCAGAGGGUCAGUCAGUGGCCUCCCAUACAGUGCAAGACUGCUGUGCUCAACAAGGUGAAUAGACCCAGAGAUCCCUGCUCACCCCCCCUGGACAGUGGCAGUCCAGACAGCAAGGCAGCGCAGCCAGAGGCAGUGAGACCCGGAGUCCUGAGCAGUCACCACAGACAGAACAUGGCGACACCUGACCUUCUGAGACCUAGGGAUGUGAUUAGUAACAAGGUGGGUGGGACUUCUCAGCCUGUGAGUAGAACUCCUGCAGCUGCAAUUAAACAGCUUGGGCUUGAGGAGAGGACUGGGGCCCUGCAGAGGAAUGGAAGUCGUCCAUUGAGACUAGAUGGAGCAGCAGAGGGAAAACCAGGUGUUGUUUCAGAGUAUUCCUUUGAGCUGUCGUUUCAGGAGAAGCUGCAGCGCUGGGACUGUGACCGUCACAAGGAGUGUGUGGAGCUGGGAGAGUUUGAGCUGCUGGAGCAGGCAGCCGAGGAGCUCUCUUUCUCCUCCAACUCAUCCUUCGUCAUGAAGGUGCUGCAGCUGGACCAGCAACACCCCCUCCAUGGCAGCUGGGGGCGCCACCCACUAAGCCUGUCCUCCACUCCAAUCAAAUCCCCCAAACCCUCGCCAACUAAAGGUAUUCACAGCAGAGGCACCAGUAAAAGUGGCCUAGGAACAGGGAGCAGCUCCUCUGAAUCAUCAGGAGUAUCUGCUGUGAGGGCAAAGGAGGUUGUGAUGAGGGAGAAAGGAAAAGCCACUGAGGAGGAAGAUGAAAUGAGUGACUGCAAACAACAUGAGGAAAUCUGUAUCUCGUUCCACAGCAGCUCUGAAUUCGGGGAUCAGGAGAAAGUAGCCCGACCGCCGUACCAAACUAUAUUUCCCAGCAACCCCUGGGAAAACACGCUCCCCACAUCCAACCCUCCAUAUGACAAGAGGUCAUAUCAGGACAGAGAGGGGGGCUCAGGCCAGGCAGAGGGGGGCAGGGAGAGUGACCUUGAUGACUCCACCCUAUUGGAGGACAGAGAAGAGGGGGACCGCAAGGGUCGGUUGGUGUUUGAUGACGAUGACACCUGGAAUGACCUGGAGGAGGCUGGUAGAAUCGUUGAGGACCCCAUCAGAACAAAAGGCGCUGCUACAGGAAACAGCCACACUCUCACAAUAACAGGGAACGACGUCUCACCGCCAGAGAGGACGCUGAAGAGAAAGGUGGCUGUGGCCAAAGGGGCCGAGCUGGAGAGGGUGUCAAUUAUCACAGCAGCCAACCAGGAGCCAGAUCCUCCUCCCGCCUCCCAGCUUAUGGCCAGGCUGUUCCCCUCGCUGAAGCCCAAGACCCAGGCCCCUCCUCCACCAGAGCCUAGGAAGUCUGAGAACGAACCAGGCCAGCAGCAGCAGUCCAGGCAGCUGAGGGAGAGGAGACUGGAGAACAAGAAUAACCAGGAAUAUCUCAGGAAGGAGAGGGCAGAGUUUGAGCAGCAGAAGGCUGAGGAGCUGGCCAGAUUUGAAGAGUUCAAGAGGGAGAAGACUAAGAAGCUGCAGAAGGAACGCAAGGUGUUUGAGAAGCACACCGCCGCCGCCAGGGCCAUACCAGACAAGAGGGAGCGCGACGAGAUCCAGGCCCUGAGGCAGCAGCUGAGUUCCCUACACAAGAAGCUGAAGUGGAGAGAGAGCCGCUGGUCCACCACACACAGCCGUCUCCGACAGCAGAUAGACUCCCUGAGCUCAGACAACAGUGCCCUGAGAGACGAGGUCCGCACCCUGGAGAAACUACGCCUCAGCACCUGGAGGAAGACUGGGACAGACAGCGACAGAGGGGAAGACAGGCGGGAGAAUGAGAGAGAGAGGGAGGGGCCCAGGCCAUUCGACAGCAACAUUGCUCUUGGAGCCAGGGGCCUCAAAUCAGCAAGUCCUGACACAGUGAGGAGCAGCCCACCACAGAGCAGUAGCUCCUCUAGAGGCAGUGCUGCUAUUGAAGACGGUAUCAGGGGCAUCCUAAAGAGGUCAGCCCCUACACCAGCCGCAGCACCCGAUCCCACUCACAGUUACAGCUCAGACGAACAACCAUCUUUGACCAGAAGUCACCACCCACCACAGAGCCACGACCACUCAUACAACCUAUCCCCUAGGGCUCCAGGUCUGCAGACUGAGUCCACAGAGGUCAAUGAGCAGCAAGAGCUAAGUCAGGAUGUCAUCAUUCACCCUGAUGGAAAGAUGGAGAGGGUGCUGGCCUGUGGAGGGAGACUCAUCAUCUUUCCCAAUGGGACCAGGAAGGAGGUGUUAGCGGACGGACUGACAGCCAAAGUCACCUUCUUCAACAGGGACGUCAAGCAGAUUAUGGCCGACCAGAGAGUGAUCUACUACUAUGCUGAUGCCCAGACCACUCACACCACCUAUCCUGACGGCAUCGAGGUUCUGCAGUUCCCCAACAACCAGACUGAGAAGCAUUUCCCUGAUGGCCGUAAGGAGAUCACGUACCCUGACCAGACAGUUAAGAACCUGUAUCCAGAUGGGACGGAGGAGUGUACACUCACUGAUGGGACCAUCAUACAAGUUAACCUGGAUGGCAGUAAGGAGAUCCGGUUCAACACAGGCCAGAAGGAGGUCCACACAGCAGACUAUGAAAGGAGGGAAUACCCAGAUGGCACUUUGAAGACAGUCUAUACAGAUGGCAGACUGGAGACCCGCUACACCACCGGACGCCUCAGAGUCAAAGACAAGGACGGCAACGUUGUCAUGGACAACAGGCCCUAGGACUGUUUACGCUAAGGCUAAAUCACAGUUGAACAUUUGUGUUUCGAGAAAUUUUUAGUUUAAUGUGGUGCGAGUGUGUUUUAUUUGUAAAUGCAUAUUUAUUUUAGCUGAUUGUAAUUUCUUUUGUAAAAUAAAUGGUUAUCAAAUCCC